UGGGAAGUUCACCACCACCACAUAGUACUCGUUAUCACAUGAUGAUCCUACUACGACUACAUGCGACUCACACGUCGAAGGAUUCAUGCUGCCUCUCGUCAAACCAUUCCAUGGCCACGUCUUCAAAGCUUCGGUGCCGCUCGGCAUCGUCUGUUAGCUUGGCUUGGAAAUGCCUCCAAAACAGGCACGACGAGUCGUCGUCUGCGAUGUGGUCCUUGGGUCCGCUGCAGUGCGGACACCGCCCUUCGGCCACGCACCGUCUCAGCCACUGCUCCAUCGUCUCUGUCUCCUGCUGCUUUUGCCGCUUCUGGCGCGCUUGUUCUAGCUGGGCCUGUUGCACCUUUCGCCACAACCUCUUUUUACUGCGUUCGGCAAGGGUCGCUGCGGUCUCGGGGACUGGCAGGGCAAUGCGCUGUAGCACGCGAUGCAUGUGUUUGUCAUGUGGAAAGUAUGUCUUCUGCGGCACCACCAAGCCUUGAAUGUGGUGCACUGCGACCACCUUGUCUGGAACUCGAUCCAUUUCGACUUCGUUUUCAAGGACAGUUGGCUCUGGAAUGGACGGGAGGUAGGCAUCGACACGAGCCUCCAACUCGACCUUGGUGCUCCACGCUUCCGAGUACGACGCAUACCCUUCCGAGGUCACGACGCCGUGAUCCGGAAUGGCCGCGGAAAACCAGUACGACGGCCUACCCUUGACCAAUGUCACAUAAAUGCCGUCUUGGCUGUGCACCGCGCCUUGGGCCAGCUCGUGCACGCC